AUGGAUCGGGUGAAUGGGCCAGCAGCCCAAAAAUUGAGCACAGUCUUCCGGCAUUCUCAAGCAUCACGAUCGGUAACAGAGACGCCUGUGAACGCAUUGGCAUAUAAUUCUCCCUUCGAUGUUGGUAAAAGCUCUCCAUGCGGCUGUGAUCGAGAAAACUCCCCAAGCGAUGUGCUCCCGAAUACUGAAGAUGGCAAGGUCGUACCCACUGCCGUGUUUGAAGGGAGGUCUGUUGAGUCUAAAGCUGGAACUGCCGGUGCCAACGUGGACGGCUCCUCUGUCAUGUCCGUUCGAUCGCCAGGGGUUUGGUCAUUGUCCUUGUCGUCUGUGUGUUUUGUGAGAAUGGUGGGAAAUGAAAACUGGCUGAUAAGUGUGUUGGUGUCUGCUGGCCCUGUCGAUGGAAAGGACCCAGAGAGCGAUUUUGUUGCCACAUCGGUGGAUCUGUCGAUCGGUAGAUCAAGUGCUAUGGAGGAGGCCGUAUUUUCCACCGUGAAGGGUCGUGCCGAUGAUUGUCUACUUGAUGCCGUAUAA